CGCUCCGACAAAAGCACAUCCCGCUGCAAAAUCCUUCGGUGCCUUGGGAAUCCUCAGUUUACGCAACAUGCAGAAAGUUCUGCUUUUUACACUCAUUUUGUUUGGCAUUGACUCCAUAUUUGCAGCCACACACUCCCUGCAGUAUGUCUACAGCGGUUCGUCAGGGAUUCCGAACCUCCCAGAGUUUAUGACCGUAGGGCUGGUGGACGGGGAGCCCUUCACUUACUAUGACAGUAACAUACGCAGAGAGGUUCCUCGUCAGGAAUGGAUGGCAAAGGCUGUGUAUGCAGCUUACUGGGACCAGCAGACACAGAUCUCCAUGAAUACAGAGCCGGUGUUCAAAAACAACAUAGAAAUUGCAAAGAUGCGUUUCAACCAAACCGGAGGUAUCCACACAGUUCAGUGGAUGUACGGCUGUGAGUGGGAUGAUGAAAUUGGGGUCACAGGUGCUGUUCAUCAAUAUGGCUAUGAUGGGAGUGACUUCAUUGCAUUGGACUUCAGAACCAUGACUUACGUGGCUCCAGUGAUGCAGGCGAUUCCCACUAAACAGAAGUGGGACAGUAACAGAGCUGAGUUAGAAAACAUAAAAAGCUACUUUACCCAGGAGUGCAUUGACUGGCUGAAGAAGUAUGUGAGCUACGGGAAGUGCACACUGGAGAGGACAGUCCGCCCUGAGGUGUCUCUGCUGCAGAAGGACCCCUCCUCUCCUGUCACCUGCCACGCAACCGGCUUCUUCCCCAAAGGGAUCGUGGUGACCUGGUCUGGGAUCCCAGGCAGCCGCCACUCCUCUGAGCUGCUUCACCACGUCAGUCUGCUGACGCAGUGGAUCGAGCUGCAGCCCCUCCUGCACAGGGCCUCCGGGGGAGGUUCAUACAUCAGGAACCUCAGGAGGUCAUCAGCAGCUACCAUGUUCUCCAGCCUCUUAGGCCACACCCCCUGUCACAUGACACCUCAUGGAGACGCCCCCUGGGGGUCGCCAUCCGAAGGCCGUACAGGAUCCUGGAGCCCUGUCACCCUCAUCACUGCGUAG